UAGGCCAUCUUUAAGCGAUGACGGGGAAGCUGUAUGUAGUAAAAAGGGAUGGGAGAAGAGAAAACGUUAUGUUUGACAAAAUUACUUCUCGUAUUGAAAGGCUUUGUUAUGGUUUAAACAUGGAUCACGUUGAGCCUGUGGAGAUAACACAAAAGGUUAUAUCUGGGGUUUUUCCCGGCGUUACUACCAUCGAACUAGAUACGUUAGCCGCUGAAACCACCGCCUACCUCACUACCAAACACCCAGAUUAUGGUAUACUGGCCGCUAGAAUCGCCAUGUCGAAUCUCCAUAAAGAAACCAAAAAGGUUUAUAGUGAACUUACAUUAGAUCUUUAUAAUUGGGUGAACCCCACGAAUCAAAGGCAUUGCCCUCUCGUAUCUAAAGAGUACCUUGAAAUUGUCUUAAGAAAUGCAGAUCGUUUGAACUCUUCUAUAAUUUAUGAUCGUGACUACAGUUAUCAGUACUUUGGAUUUAAAACUUUAGAACGGUCGUACCUUUUAAAAUUGAACGGGAAAGUCGCUGAGCGCCCGCAACACAUGCUAAUGCGCGUAGCUGUCGGAAUUCAUGGCGCAGACAUCGAUUCUGCUAUCGAAACUUAUAACUUAUUGUCCGAGAAAUGGUUCAUCCACGCGUCCCCGACACUAUUCAACGCCGGAACUCCGCGACCCCAACUUUCAAGUUGUUUUCUUUUAACAAUGAAAGAAGACUCUAUUGAAGGGAUCUACGACACGUUGAAGACAUGUGCUCUCAUCUCGAAAUCCGCUGGUGGGAUUGGCUUAAAUGUUCACUGCAUCCGCUCAGAAGGAAGUUAUAUUUCCGGGACGAACGGGUAUUCCAACGGCCUCAUUCCGAUGCUCAGAGUGUUUAACAAUACGGCUCGGUAUGUGGACCAAGGAGGAAAUCGAAGGCCUGGCGCGUUUGCUAUAUAUCUUGAACCUUGGCACGCAGAUGUCUUUGAGUUUCUGAACUUGCGCAAAAAUAUUGGAAAAGAUGAAGACCGUGCCAGAGACUUGUUCUACGCCCUUUGGAUCCCUGAUCUAUUUAUGAAGCGGUGUGAAAAUGACGAAACGUGGUCCUUGUUCAGCCCCAGUGAUGCGCGUGGUCUUGAGGAUUGUUGGGGCGAAGAAUUUGAAUCGCUCUACACAAAAUACGAGAAAGAGGGACGCGCCAAACAAGUUGUGAGUGCCCAACAAUUGUGGUUUGCCAUUCUCGAGGCACAAAUCGAGACGGGGACCCCGUAUAUGCUUUAUAAAGACACUUGCAACAGAAAAUCCAAUCAAAAAAACAUUGGGACCAUAAAAUGCAGCAAUUUGUGCACAGAAAUCAUUGAAUACUCUUCCCCUGAGGAAGUGGCUGUGUGUAACCUCGCGUCCGUGGCACUUCCUAUGUACGUGAAGGAAUCUCCGAUGGGUCCAACAUUCGAUCAUGAAAAACUUUAUGAAGUCGUUCGAGUCGUUACAAAAAACUUAAAUCGUAUAAUUGAUGUUGGCUUUUACCCAAUCAAAGAAGCCCAACUCUCAAAUUUCAGACACAGACCAAUCGGAAUAGGUGUGCAGGGAUUAGCUGAUGCAUUCAUUAAAAUGCGUUUUCCAUUUGAAAGUGAAGAGGCGCGGAAACUAAAUAAAGAAAUAUUCGAGACAAUCUACUUUGCUGCGCUCAGCGAGUCGGUGGAGCAAGCAAAAGUGCAUGGCCCCUAUGAAAGUUACCUUUACGGCGAAGGCUCUCCGGUCUCUCAAGGCAUUUUGCAGCACGACAUGUGGGGGGUCAGCACCUCCGACCGGUGGCCGUGGGAGGCCCUUCGGGAAGAUAUAAAGAAAUACGGGGUGAGGAAUUCUCUUCUCCUAGCGCCAAUGCCCACUGCCUCUACCGCCCAAAUACUUGGAAACAACGAAGCUUUUGAGCCAUACACAAGCAAUAUUUAUACUCGUCGCGUUCUGAGUGGCGAGUUUCAAAUAGUGAAUCAUCAUCUUUUAAAAGACCUUACAGAGUUGGGACUUUGGAACGACCAUACUAAGAAUAAACUUAUUGCUCACCAAGGCUCCGUACAGAAUCUCGAUAUUCCAGAGCAUUUGAAAAACUUGUAUAAAACUGUUUGGGAGAUUUCUCAAAAAACCUUGAUUGAUAUGGCAGCCGACCGCGGAGCCUUUAUUGACCAAUCGCAGUCUUUGAAUAUCUUUAUGGGAUCCCCGACGAUCAGCAAACUGACAAGCAUGCACUUUUACGGCUGGAAAAAGGGAUUGAAAACUGGAAUGUACUACCUUCGCACGCGCCCCGCCGCUAAUGCCAUUCAGUUUACUGUGGAUAAGCAGUCCUUACAGAAGGAGUCUCCCGGUAAAUUCAAGUCACUUGGCUCUUCUGCUCUAAAACAAUCUUUUGAUCUAAAACUGGCGUGCUCCCGUAAUAAGGAUGACGGAUGCGUUAUGUGCUCCGGUUAG